AUGAAGGGAGAAGUCGGGGAAUGUGGUCUCAACUGUGGCGUCGCUGACCUGUCGCAAAAUACAUCGCCGCCUGAACGUCCGGGACCGGUGCCGACGCUGCCAUCUCAAGUGCAAGUAGAUGGAGCAUCUCCCGCUGUCAACGGCGAAGCUGCCGAGCCGUACGUUCCAUCGGCGCCCAGGUCUUCAUCGUCCUCGUUCUUCUCAAACUUGACCCGGAAGAUAUCUGCUAAUUCUCAAGUUGGAGUUACGCCGAAGCUACAGGGCAAGGGAGGUAUGUGCGAACGUAGAGUUCUAAAUGUGGACCCCAACCGCGAAAGAUGUCUUGUGCCGGAAAUGGAUCCUGCUAGACUCAGAAAAGUCUCCUUCUGCGUGGACGUUGAAAUUGCGGGAGGGCCAAAGUAUAAGGACGAAGAAGAGGACGACGAAGGGAAGCAGCAGAGAAAGAAGAAUGCGAAGAUUAAGGAAAGGGCCGAAGGCGAAGCACUGAAACAUCCUAAAGCAUUGCAAGAAGAGAAGGAUGAAGAAGGAGAAGUCAAGAGCGAGAUCAAGCGGAAACCGCUACCCAUCCCGAAAGACAGCAAGAACGGCAGUAGUGAAUCUUUCGAUGGGCAGACCGGCACGAGCGUAAGCCCACCAGUUGGCAGUCUGGACGAGCAGAGUAGCACCAGCAGGAAGAAGGAAAAGAAGAAGCGAUCUGAAGAGGAGCGAAAAGAGCGGAAGGAGAAACGUAGAAGACGCGCAGAAGAGAAUGGCUCGAUACCGGUUGAGCUGUCCAUGGACGCCGAUAACGAUCUGGAUACCGAUACGUUUCCAUCUUCUGUGCCUGCGAGGAAACCCAUACCCACCAAUGAUCCUGCACACCUAGCAGUCGACAGCGCCUCGAAACGCGAUAGACCUACGACCGAUCCGGUGCGCAUCUAUCGAAGAUGUUGUCAGUUGAGAGAAACACCAAUCUUGAAGCGCAUCACCGAGCAGCUCAUGUCCCCGACCUGCUGCGUUCCUCUAGAACCUGGAGUCGUGCACUGCUUAGACCUAACAGGCUCUCGCCUGCAGCUGGCAGACAUGAUCACUCUUGGCGACUGGCUUGCUGUGGUACCUGUCAAAAAACUACUUCUUGAGGACGCCGAUCUCAGCGACGAGGGCCUCCGCUGCAUCUUGGCUGGUCUCCUUGCAGCGACGAAACCACGACCUACGAAGCGCAAGCACUCGGAACCACGGCAUCGUGAGGUAGAGCAAUUCAAGCCUCACCAGGAACGAAGUGGCGUUAUUGAGAAACUCCAUCUCAAGAACAACCCGCGCAUCACACGCACUGGAUGGAAACACAUCAGCUUGUUUCUUUACAUGUGUCGAUCCAUUAAAGCCAUUGACCUGUCGAUGAUCAACUUCCCUGACACGAUGCCGGCAAGCACACAUGCGACACCAAUUAAGAGUCUACAGCACGCACCUCCUGGGUCUGGCAACGAUCUCGAUGCCGCCGAGGUUCUCUAUAAGUGCAUCAGUCAAAGACUCGGUGGGAGCAAGCUCGAAGAAUUGAUCAUGUCCGAGUGCGGCUUAACGGCACCUCAGAUCAGAAAGAUUGUUGAUGGCGCUGUUAUGUCUGGCAUCAACAGGCUUGGAUUUGGAGGCAACAACUUGGACGACGAGGGUCUGGAUCACAUACUGCACUACUUACGCUCUGGCGUCUGUGGUGGACUGGAUCUUGGCGGCAAUGAUCUUCGUGGAAAGCUUGGACUCAUCGCAGAGGCUCUAGAGGACAGACCCGGCACAUCGUGCUGGGGUCUCAGCUUUGCAGGCUGCAAUCUGGACACAGCGUCUGUGAAGCCGCUUUUCUCGGCCUUGGCGCGUUUACCAAACUUCAGAUUCGUCGAUUUCAGUCACAAUCCAGACCUCUGCGGGCAGGACAAUGGCACAAUCUCGCUCCUCCGGCACUACAUUGGUCGGAUGAAGUACCUGAAGCGCAUCCACCUCGCCGAUGUUGGCAUGAGCUCGAAACAAGCCAUUGCUCUUGCUGAUGUGCUGCCUGAAGGUCCUGCCCUGGCUCACGUCAAUAUUCUGGAAAACCCACAGCUCACCGCGCUUGCUGCGGCUAAAGACGAAGAAAGCCAAGAAGAGGCAUGUGCGCUUUAUGCUAGCUUCAUGGCUGCUGUGCGGGUUUCCAAUACCUUGAUCUGUAUCGACAUAGAUGUGCCGAGCGCAGACAACAGCGAAGUCGUCAAAGCGCUUGCCAAGCAAGUUGUUGCCUAUUCGCUGCGAAAUAUGGAGCGCUUCGCCAUCGCUGAGGCCACCGGCGAUCCACCACUUGCUACCGCAAGCGCAGCUGCUUCACUAGCUCAGCCUCAUGGCGGAGAACAGCAAGUCAAGGAGAUCGCCGUCCCAGAAGUCCUCUAUCAUUUGGUUGGCCACGUUGAAGGCGGCAGCCAAAAUCACGACAACGAUGCUGCAGCGCCAGAUGGAGACUACAUUGUUGGUGGCACUGGCGUUGUCAAAGCACUUCAAUAUGUUCUUGGCGAGAAAGCUGACGACUUGCGUCGGAGUAGUAUUCCGGGUUCUCCAAUCGCAGGUAUCAGGACCCCUCGAGAUCGGCCCAGCUCAUCUGCAGGCUUCCAAGAAGAGCAGCGCGGCAAAGCGAAGAAGAUGUCCAAGAAUCUCUUGGAGAGCGCAAGGAAGAUUCGGACACGACUCCAGCCCGCUCUGGUGAAAGAAGCAGCGCAAGGUGGGGACGAGAUGGCAUAUCGACGACUGGUCUUCCUGGAUCAGACUUUACAGAGCAUGAUCUCUCGCUUCGAAGAAGAAUACCCCGAAACUCGCAUCACACCUGCGUCGCCUAAAGCACCAUCCACAACAUCAUCGACCGAACCCGCUCCUCUCUCACUCGACACCAGUGUCGUGCUCAAGCACUCCGACGAUGAGGAAGACCUCGACGAGGAGCACCACCGAUUUCGCCCUGCUGUAUCACGACACAACAGCGACGUCUCCCUUGCUUCACGCGCUCUUGGUAUGGAAGAGGGUCAUCUCCAUCGUCUCGGCCAACGUAUGCGUCGCGACGUCGUCGACUCGCCAUCUGUGGACGCCGUCAAAACUCCUUGGACCAAGGAGGAAGAAGUCGCACGACUCAAUCAACUGCAAGACAGAAUCGAGAGCAUAUCUGGACCAGAGCUCAAGAGUCUUGUUGAGCACGACGGCUGGGAUUCUGCUUUGAGGAAAAUUGGAAUGAAUUUGAAUGAUUUGAGACAGUUGCAGGAACAAGAUCCGCAGGCAUGGGAGGAGUUCUUGGACUCGCAAAUGAAGGCGCGAAUGAAUGUCGCGCAGGACAGGCCGACGCCUUGAGGAACAGCAGACCUGACUGACUGACUGACUGACUGACUUGAUUGAGUGUGAAGGGAUUGCAUCGCACCCGCACAUGCACAUGAGAAAGAUGUGCUCAUUUUGUAUUUCCUAUUGUAUUUAUUUCUCUCUCGGACUUAGCGAGCGGCGAUGGCAUAGCCUGGGGCAUUGUUGUUCGUCCUGUCGUUACCAGCAUACGACGAGGGAGAUUUCUGCAAAAGUAUGUGCAGAACACAUACGACGGCGCAAGCUGUAGAUGUAUAUGCAAUGAAAUGCUCGCCUCACUUGAUUCAGUAUCAAGGACAAGAAUAUGGAAUGAAGAAUGAACAGGAAGAGCAGUGGAGACCACGGAAAGGUUUUGGUAUC